AUGGAGCAUAGAGUCGUGUCACCGUUGGGAAAAACAAUCAAAGGCACAAACAUAUGGCAGAUAAAAAUUAAGAUGGCUGAUAAGCAUACUUUGAACUAUGAUGUGAGGGAGCUGAAAUUAGGAUCAAGCUUUACUAAUAAUAAAUCAUCACAAUACCACACAAUCAAAUAUGACUUUAAACCAGCUUCAGUGGAUGUUAACAAAAUGGCGACUGUUGAUGUUGGGACUAAUAAUCAAGUGACUGUAACUGUGCCACAUUUAGAUGGAGCAGGAGUUCCUCAGACUGUAUUUAAGGGGAGUCAGCGGCCGUAUACAAAAGAAUGUGUUUUAAUCAUAGAUAGAGUUACCGGGGAGAUUACAUUGGAAAAACUUUCUAGCAAUAUACAAGUUAAAAAGACAAGACAAGAAACAAGUCAAAAACCACGUCCACUAACGCCUGUCACAACGGACUUCACAAACACCACUCAACGUUCAAGUUCCCGAACUCGGGUGGCGACGAACAGACGUACUGCUAAUAACACAGGUCCCAGUGGUGUACAAACGAAUACGCAAAACCGAUUCAACAACAGUGUACCUAAAUCACAAAACAUGGUCAGAUCUCCCACUAGAGUCAAAACAUCGCCUCCUCAGGCACCAUGGUCCGGUGGAGGCAACAGCACGCUCGCGUCUCUCCCGAUGAUAGGCAUAGGGUUCGACGAGGCGCCCCCGCGCUCCCCUCCCGCGCCCCCCGCACUGCCCGCGCACGCGCCGCGCCUCGCGCCGCCGCCGCCCCUGCCGACCCCGCAGCCGCCCGCCGCCGUGUCGCGACAAGACGACAGCUCGUCCAGCUCGUCGAGCGACAGCGAUAGCGACAGCGCGAGCGGCAGCGACAGCGACGACGACGCGCCCGCGCCGCCCGCCCUCCCCGCGCUCCCCGCCAUGCCCGCCAUGCCCGCCAUGCCCGCGCUCUCCAACGGUGUGUCCAACGCGGGGUUACCCAGCGAUGUGCUCAACGACGACCUUUGCCUUUCUGAGUCUGGUAGCGACUCUGAC